AUGUCCAUCCCGUACGCGGCCCACCAGCCAUAUCUCAAGACCCUCAAGCCGGCGGCCCAGUCGCGGCUCGCGCGAUUGGAGCCCGCGGCGCGGUACCUGCGCCACCGGCCGUACCUGCUGCUGCUGCCCCUGCUGUUGUUCUUUCUCGUGCCCCACUACCACAAGAGCCCGCGGGUGGUGAUCAUCCUGGCGGCCAACGAGGGCGGCGGCGUGCAGCGAUGGAAAACGCCGCAGGAGUGGUCUGUGGAGCGGUCGUCGAUCGCCAACAAACGCGAAUACGCCGAGCAACACGGCUACAUCCUCUCCAUCAAAGACACAGCACUGAAAAGAAGGUACAGCCACGAAUGGCGCGAGGGCUGGGAAAAGGCCGACAUUCUGAAACAGACCAUGCGCCAGUACCCGGACGCCGAGUGGUUCUGGUGGCUAGACCUGCACACGUUCAUCAUGGAGCCGCAGAUCUCUCUCGAGGAGUACCUAUUCAAUAAUCUCGAAAAACGCACCUACAGAGACCUGUCGUACCACAACCCGCUGCAUAUUCCAGUGGACUCGCCGUACGUGGACGUUGAGCACUCUCCUGUGGAUCUGGUGCUGGCCCAGGACUGCGGAGGGUUCAAUUUGGGCAGCUUCCUGGUGAGACGGUCUGAGUGGACAGAGCUUUUGCUGGACGUCUGGUGGGACCCGGUGUUUUACGAGCAGAUGCACAUGACGUGGGAGCACAAGGAACAGGACUGUCUCGAGACGCUGUACCGCACACAGCCGUGGAUCAGAGAACGCGUCGGGUUUGUGCCCCUGCGAGCUAUCAAUAGCUUUCCGCCGGGAGCCUGUGCGGAACAGAAAGACGACCCGCAGUAUUUUUACAACGAAAAGGACCGCGAUUUUCUGGUCAACAUGGCAGGCUGCAACUUCGGCGACCGCUCGUGCUGGAACGAGUACGAGCACUAUAGGAACCUGCAGAAACAGCUCAGGAAGAGCCGGCGGUGGUCGUGGUUACCCGGCUUCUGA